CGCACCACACGUUGGAUUUGCGCGGUUUAAUGUCAACGGUCCAAUAAAAACCAUUUUCAGACUCACAAAUAAAAAGCCAAGCAUCAAUUUCUCAUUUGUCAACACCAUUAUAACUUGCCAACAAAGUAAAACACAACUCCAGGAAGAGAAAGAAAAAGAAGAUUUUUGGAAGAAAUGAAGCUCGUUUGGUCCCCUGAAACUGCUUUGAAGGCCUAUAUCGAGACGGUUAAAUCGUGUGAGCUUUUUCAAGAAUCCGCUGUGGCCGAGCUUGUUUCAGCCAUGGCUGCAGGAUGGAACGCCAAACUUAUUGUAGAAACGUGGUCAAAAGGUGGAGUUAUUGCCACAAGCAUUGGUUUAGCCAUUGCUAGCCGUCACACAGGUGGAAGACACGUUUGUAUAGUCCCUGAUGAACAGUCAAGAUCUAAAUACGCAGAAGCCAUGGAAGAGGCUGGGAUGUCACCAGAAGUCGUUUUUGGGGAACCAGAGGAGGUUUUGCAGAGGCUAGUAGGCAUUGAUUUCUUGGUGGUGGAUUCGCGGCCAAAGGAGUUUGCUAGAGUGUUGAGACUAGCAAAGCUCGGCAACCAGGGUGCAGUUCUGGUGUGCAAGAAUGCUAGCUUGAGAGCUUCAAGUUUCAGAUGGAUAGGAGUUCUUGAAGGAGGGUCCAGGCGCCUGGUCAGGUCUGUGUUUCUGCCUGUAGGAAAGGGACUUGAUAUUGCACAUGUAGCUACAAGUGGGGGAAAUUCUGGGUUAAGCAAGGGUAAGAAAAGAUGGAUCAAGCACAUAGAUGCACAAUCUGGUGAGGAACAUGUCAUUCGAAAGUAAUUUCCCCUAGGAGAUGAUGAACUUCUUUCUUGCUGGUUUUUUUUUUUUUUGCAUAGAAUUUUAACUUGUACAUACUUUUUCUUCUGCUUCCCCCUCUUUCCCUCUCCUUUUUGGCUUGGAAAGGUUUCUGUUCAUAGAUAAGAUUCAUAUGAUUCACAAAACAUAUGGAUGCAUUUUCAUCUUCUAAUUCUCAUGUGUAAUUUGUAAAGUUAUUUGCCCUUGACCA